GCUUUCCCCUCUCUGAGUGAGUAACUAGGAAUAGCCAGCCAUGACGACCAAACCAAGAGUUUUCAUUCCUUUUCUUCUUGUUCUUUCCAUCCUUCUCGUCUCUGCCACCUUGGCUCUCUCCACUACCGAGGAUCCCGAGCGGCAGAUUGAGCGGUGCAAGCAGGAGUGCCGGGAGAGUCGACAAGGUGAGCAACAAGAGAGACAAUGCGUGCGCCAGUGCGAGGAGCAAGAAGAGAAGAGGCAGCAAGGCGAGGAGACAGGCAAAGAAGGACGUAAAGGAGAGGAUCCCGAGAAGCGGCUAGAGGAAUGCCGGAGGGAGUGCCGGGAGCAAGCAGAGGGGAGGGAGCAGAGAGAGUGCGAGAAGCGGUGCGAGGAGGAGUGUAAGGAGCAUCGUGGAGAAAACAAGGAGGAAGAAAAGAGGGAGGAAGAAAAGGGGGAGAAGAGGAGAGGGAGCGAUCCUUUCUUCUUCGAUGAGGAGAGCUUCCUGCAUCAGGUCAGGACCGAGCACGGCCAUGUUAGGGUCCUCAGAAACUUCUUGGAGAGAUCCAAGCUUUUGCUCGGGGUCGCCAACUAUCGUGUUGCCAUCCUCGAGGCCAAUCCAAACACAUUUGUUCUCCCCAGCCACUGGGACGCAGAGGCCCUUCUCUUCGUUGCCAGGGGAAAUGGACUUAUAACUCGCCAGUGUCAAGAUAAUAAGGAGACGCAAGAGCUUCGCCGGGGACAUAUCAUAAGGGUGCGUGCAGGAACAAUCGUGUCUUUCGUGAACAAAGACAGGAACGAGAAGCUCGUUAUAGUCAUGCUCUUCCAAACCGUCGCGACUCCUGGCAUGCUUGAGGCGUUCGUUGGUGCCGGUGGACGAAACCCCGAGUCAUUUUACCGGAGCUUCAGCAAGCCAGUCUUAAGAGCUGCCUUUAAUACAGGAGUAGACAAGCUGGAGAGGCUCUUCGGAAGGCAGAAGAAGGGAGCCAUGAUAGAGGCAAGCCAGGAGCAGAUCAGGGAGCUGAGCCGCCGCGCUGGCUCCGAGGGUCUGCCUCGGCCCUUCGGUGAAUCGAGGAGGCCGUUCAAUCUGCUUGACAAGCGCCCUUCCCACUCAAACCGCCAUGGAGAGCUAAGGGAGGCCGAUGGCGACGACUACCCGGAGCUCAGGGACCUCAACAUCCAAGUCUCCCACGCUAGUAUCAACAAAGGAUCCAUGAUGUCACCUAACUAUAACACGGAGGCAACCACGAUUUCCAUUGUGGUAGGAGGCAACGGCCAGGUCCAGAUAGUGCGCCCACGUGUUUCUGGACAACAGGAGGAAGGACGAGGCCGCGAGGAAGAGGAAGGACGAGGCCGCGAGGAAGAGGAAGGACGAGGUCAGCAGGAAGGCAAGGAGGAGGAGGAGCAACGACAGCGAGGUCAGCGCUACCAAAGAGUCGAAUCCGAGGUAUCACGUGGCACGACCUACAUCGUUCCUGCGGGCCACCCAUCCGUCGCCGUCUCUUCGCGCAACGAGCGUCUUGAGGUCCUGUGCUUCGAAAUCAACGCCAUGAACAACCGGAGGACCUGGCUUGCAGGGAGCAACAACAUAUUGAAGCAGAUGGAUAGGAUGACCAAGGAGCUAGCCUUCGAUCAGCCGGCGAGGGAGGUGGACGAGGUCUUGAAUGCCCCAAGGGAGGAGGUUUUCAUGGCGGGCCCACAGGAACGCGAGCGGGAGAGCGAGGGAGGGGAAGGCCGCGAUGGUCCACUGGAAUCUAUCCUGGAAUUUGCCGGCUUCUGAGAUGGAACAAAGGGAAAGUUAAAAGAGUUGUGGAGACCAGAGACCAGAGUGAGGGAAUAUAUAUGCAUGUAUGAGAGUUCUACGGGUAGUAGUACGUAGUAGGACUGUAGGAGUGAUGUAAAUCCUGCGGAAUAAGCACUUUUAAGGUGCCCUGGAAUAAAGACUUCCCUGCUUUUAGCAUUUA